AUGGAGCUGUCCACGCUGCCAUACUACUCGUACCACUUGGCCCUAUGCAUCUUGUUAGCUCUCCUCUACCAUGCCGUCCUACGCGCCGCCGCCACCGCUGCCACCAGGCGUCCCCGCCCGAAGCUGCCUCCCGGUCCAUGGCAGCUUCCGAUCAUCGGCAGCCUGCACCACCUGUUGCGCGGGCUCCCGCACCACAUCAUGCGCGACCUCUCCCUCCGCCAUGGCCCGCUCAUGCUGCUCCGCGUGUGCGAGCGCGAGGCCAUAGUCGUCUCCUCCGCCGAGGCCGCGAGGGAGAUGUACAAGGGUAACGAGGCCGCCUUCUCGACGCGGCUAAGCAGCCCGGGCAUCGACGAGCUCUCCAGGCACGGCCAGGGGAUCGUCUUCGCGCCCUACGGCGACCACUGGCGGCUUCUCCGCCGGAUCCUGGUGACGGAGCUGCUCAGCGCGCGGCGCGUCGAGGCGUUCCGACGGAUCCGCGAGGAGGAGGCGGGGCGCCUGCUUUCGUCGCUUCAGGCUGAGGCGACGUGCGACGGUCGACUCGUCGACAUCGGCAAGCGGCUGGAAGAGUUCGUGACAGACUCGGUGGUGCGUGCCAGCUUUGGGGACAGGCUGCCCGAUAGGGCCACGUUUCUGAGGAUCGUCAAGCAAGGAUUGGACCUGUCGUCCAUUUUUGACCUUCGGGACCUCUUCCCUUCGUCGUGGCUAGUUCGACUUGUGCGCAGCGGUGGCGGCAAGGCGGAGCGGCAGCGUCAGGAGGUGUUGAGCGUUAUGGACAGCAUCCUCAAGAGUCACGAGGAGAGGAGGGCAGCCAGAGAUGGAGAUGCCGAGCAGGAGCAGGAGCAGGACAUGGUCCAAGUGUUUCCCUGA